GGUCAUUGGGGGGCGCGUGGUUGGUCCUGUCGCCAAUGGGUAUUGAAACUUUAGUUAGUUCCGCAGAUGAAAACACCGACGAGGCUACCCAAGCUCAACAGGAAGCGAUCGAAAGAGAUAUGAAGUCUACAUGUCUAAUUUCUGGAAUUCUUCCACUUUCAACACUUGAUGAGGACUUCACUGGCCAUUUAGUUUACUUGGAAAAAUUAAAGCUUAUGAAACAAAAUUACCGAGGGAUUCGUCGGCUCCGACGUGAUGGAAACUGCUUUUAUCGAGCAUUUGGUUUUGCGUAUAUUGAGUACCUGCUAAAUGGCAAGCUAAUUAAAGAAGCUGGGAGAUUCAAGAAGAAGUGUGAUGAGUGUAAGGAUACACUGAUUGCUAAUGGUUAUACACAGUUUACUGUAGAGGAUUUUCAUGAACAGUUCGUUGGAAUGGUGGAUCGGUUUACUGUUGAUGGUGGCACAUUGGAAGAAUUAGAAGAAGUUUUUAACGAUCAGGCAUAUUCAGAUUAUUAUGUCGUGUUUUUACGAUGGCAGGAAAUACAUUUGUGGCUUAAUAUUGUUGCGUUGUUUAACCUAGAUGUUUUAAUUGCAAAGUUAUUUUUUUAUUUUAAAAAAGAUCAUCAUGAAUUUUAGCAAGGUAAUAUUAAAGUGUGAAUGUUUUGUAUUUUCUCCACAACUUUCACAUCGUUAUGUUUAAAUCGCUGGACAUUUGAUUUUCCUCAUGUACUAACUUGCUCAUUUGGUCUGGAAUCAUGUAAGGCUGAGUGGUGAUUUUUAAUUAUUGAUGAAAUACUUCAAGGUCAACUACUGCACAUAAUUUAUUUAAACAAAUUCAUAUGAAAUUGAAAUACUCGAUGAAAAUACGUUGACUUUCUAUCGAUUAUCAGAUUUUUUUAUGGAUAAGAUCAAUGAUAUGCAUUUAGACAAAGAUAAAUUAGUGAAAAAUUUUCAUCUCUCUGUUUUAUUCGUUUCAGUAGUACUACGAAUUUAUAAGUAUACUUUGUUUCAAGUACUCAGCGAAAAAUAAUACUUCUCAGUACGUACAUACAUUAUUUACUGUUAAUAGUCAUUAUGCUACUUGUAUAGUAGAGCAAAGCAUAUUAAUUCAUUUCGUAUUCGAUUUUAACUUAGCAUUUAUUUAUAUUAUUAAUAUUACUUGUGGAAUAAAUAAGCUUUCUGAUAUUGGUAAGAAAUGUGCAACCCCUCAUCCACUAUCACCCGUUACUGAGUCGCAUUCAUGACAUUCGAAUUUCGCAAUGAACAUGAUAACACUAUAUCAAAAUUUAAUAAUUUAUAUCUAACUUUAUUCUAUUUUCAUCUUAUUUAUUACUAAUUUGAUUUGAUUUUGGAUUGUUAUGCUUUUAGACUCUUAGUUUCUGCGUACAUUCAAAAAAAAGCUGGGUAUUUUGUAAAUUUUAUUGAUGAAGGUAAAACAAUCAAUCAGUUUUGUGAAACAGAGGUACUCACGAGCCCGAAUAUACAAAUUCCUGGAACAUCUGCCAAUAUAAUUUGCUUCACAGGAGCAGUUGAAUUGAUAAAUACAGAAAGAAGUGACUAGUCUAGGCAAUUUAUCUUUCAACCUCUGAGUGAUCAAAUUACUCCUGAAUUCUACCAGCAUUUACUAUAAUAAAUAUAAUCAAGAUUUUUCCACAAUAUAUUUUAAAUUGUGAAUUGAAAAGAAACCUCCAAUUUUCAAAUUACUAUAUCCAACUUUUAAAAUAAAAUAUUUUUAAUAUAAAAAACAACAACAACAGGAGGUUGAACCAAUGGCUCGUGAAUCAGAUAAUAUACAUGUGGCUGCUUUAGCAUUAGCUGUUGAAUUGCCUAUUUAUGUAGAAAAUUGUCAACAGUCGGGUGAAUUGAAUCGUAUCGAGUUUCCUGCAUAUAGUGAUUUAAUAUUGGAUAAUGCCGGUGAAACAAGCAGUGAUAACCAUGAUAUUCACAGUGAACAAGUAUCCAAUGAAAAUGAUUCUUUUAUUAAUAAUUAUAAACAGAAUAGUAGUUCACCACCAGUUACAUUAUUGUAUAGACCAGGUCAUUAUGAUAUAUUAUAUCCUAAUUCAUGAAAAUAUCAAAGCAACUGAUAAGAUCGGAACUGUUAAAUUGAAUAAUACUCUCUGUAUCAUUGAUAAUCAACAUUACAGUAGGUUUAUAUGUUUUGGAUGCUACUUUAUAAUUUAGAUUAACUUUCAAUGAUGAUUUUUUUGUUGUUGUGUUUGUCUGUAUGUGUUUAUGUAUUUCUGUAGAUUCUUUUCUUUUUUGUAAUAUGAUGCCUUUCACUAAAACAAUAAUUCAAUCGAUAGUAAAAUAUCUUUUUUGAAUUGUUUCUUUUGAAGAAAUUGCGUAGACUAUUUUA